AAUGCUAUCAAUGCAGUCACUGAAAGGAACAACAACUGGAGAAGAUAGAUUGGAGGCAGUAAAUAAUUGUCUUUUGAAAUUAGGAGUAGAAUGGAACAAACUGGUAAAUGUGAUCACCGAUGGAGGGCCAAAUAUGACAGGUAAAAAUGUUGGAUUGCUAAAAAGAAUUCAAGAUCAAGUCAGAGAAACAAAUGCAGAACAAAAUAUUGUCUUUUUGCACUGCAUUAUUCAUCAAGAAGUCCUUUGUAAGAGUGUUUUAAAUUUAAGCCAUGUCGUUGACACAGUUGUGAAAGUGGUUAAUUACAUUCGAGCAAGAGGAUUAAAUCACAGGCAGUUUAUAACCCUGCUUGAAGACUUGGAAUCUGAUCAUACGGAUGUUCUGUAUCACACAAAUGUGAGGUGGCUUAGUUUGGGAAAAAUCCUGAAAAGAGUUUGGGAAUUGAAAGAAGAGAUUGGCUUAUUUUUGGACGUGAAACAGAAUGCUAUAGAUUUCCCACAGUUGAAUGAUGAGAAAUGGCUCUCUGAUUUUGCAUUUGCUGUUGAUAUCAUGGGUCAUAUGAAUGACCUGAAUUCAAAGCUACAAGGGAAGGGGGCUUUUGCACAUGAUUUGUACAGCAGUGUCAAAGCUUUCAUGAAGAAAUUACUUCUUUUGUCUCGUCAGAUUACGAACAAACAAUUUGCUCACUUUGCAACCUUACAACAGAUUGAAGUUUGUGAUCAAAAUGUACAGAAGUACUCAUUGCAGCUACUUGACUUGCAUGCCGAAUUUUCACGCAGAUUCCAUGAUUUCAAAUUAAUUGAAAAUGACCUGUUUUGGGUGUCUUCUCCCUUCUCAUUUGAUGUUGACAAAGCCCCAGUUGACCUACAACUCGAGCUUAUUGACAUGCAAUGUGAUCCUUUGCUUUCUGAGCAGAUGAAAACAGUGACUUCCCAAAUUCUAUGCCUCUCUUAAUGACUGUGCAUUUCCAAAACUAAAGGCUCAUGCUCAAAGAAUGCUUGUGCUGUUUGGAUCUACAUACAUAUGUGAGCAGACAUUUUCGAUAAUGAAGCUGAAUAAAUCAAAACUUAGAUCUGCAAUGACUGAUGAUCACCUUGAACAAGUACUUUUCAUUGCAACAACGGAGGCAACACCUGACUUCAAUGGUCUGGUCAGCAAUCAUCAGCGCUGUCAUUCGUCCCACUGAGUAAGUUAAAUAUUCUUAUCAAGAUACUAAACAAUUUCAGAAUAUAAUAUGACAUAUGAACAUACUUUAAAAUAUUUCAAUAAAUUACAUAUUGGUGCUUUGACUUGCUUUUUCCUUAUUUUCAACCAUUAAAACUUAAUUAUAUUAUCCUUAAUUUAUGAAGAAGCAACAAUAAAUAUUAAACUGUAUUAAAUACAUUUUUCAAACAGUCUGCAGCAGUGACAUCAUAGAUCAGCCGAUCAGGAGCAGCUACAAUUUGACAUGACUCCACCCAACCACCACCUCCCUAGGGAAGCCAGACGAAGCAGGAUAGCUGUGAUCAGACCUGGCCAACUCAACCCUACCACCACCUCCCUAGGGAAGAGUAAAGACAACGUCUCAAGAGACUAAUUAUUUCAACUUAUAAUAUCGAUUCUCUUCUGUUACGACAGUUACGUUAAUGCACUUAAAAUACCAAAUUUACUGCACCAUAACUCUAUAUUAUUAUUAGUAGUAUUAAUAUUGGUAUUUGUAUUAGCAUUAUUAUCAAUA